AUGAUCUCUUGGACUAGGAGGAUAUUACCACAUACACAGAUUUGCUAUAAUGCUGCUAUGAGGCAGUGUUCCAGUGUAAAUGUUGCCAGUGAAAUGAAGGAAAUCCUACGAAUAGCCAGCACAGGCGAUUUGAAAACGGCCCUUUCCCGCCAUGAAGCAUUUAGGGAAACAAAUGAUGUUCCUGAUUGGGGUGUAGUGAAACUGUCGAGCGUCCUCCUUGCCAACGGUCUGGAACAUGAGUCUGAAAGCUUGCUGAAACAGCACUAUGAGGAAACUGGCGGGAUACAUCGAUUCGCAAGAAAGUCUGGAAUACAAGAGGAACAAGUGGUUGCCGCGCUUGUAAGAGUGAUUAACAGCACAGUUGAAGACGGUUUGGAUAGAGCGCAUCGACUAUAUCGAUGGCUAUUGGAGGGCAGAUUCUGUUCGAACAAGGACGUCUUCAUAGUGCUGUUCGUUGAGAGAGCACUUCAAAGUGGAAAAUACUAUUUUGACGACAUCUCCAUCUGCUCUUCAAAACCUCAAGCGCUUCGUCUCACUCGAGCUGGGAAAGAAUGCGGCGUUCGUGGAAUCGCUAGGGCAAGAUCCUCGUUUGGAAAGUUCGCAGCUACGAUUCAUCGUGGAAUUGGCUGCCAAGUGGUUGUCUUGGAAAGUCUGAUUGAGCUUUCGCGUCUACUUCAAUUUCGACCACAAGACAAGGCUAUGAUCUACGAUGAGCUGGUUAAGAUUUAUGGUAAACAUGCAGAUGAAGCCAAUCUGGAACGAAUUACGGAAUUUGUUCUGCGUGAAUCCGAGAGAGAGCACUUUGCAGCAACGCUGGGACGUUUAGCCCACUUCUACAGGUGCUGCCAUCUCGAACUUCCCAAUCGUCUCUUACGGGCUUUGUGA